AUGGACAGCUCCUGCAGCCCUUCAACACCAGCCAAUCGGGACUUGCAGAGCCAUGAACAGUCCAUAGUCUUGAUUCGGCGCCGCAGAGUUGUCGAGGGAUCGUGCUGGACUUGUCGAAAACGCCGCGUCAAAUGCGAUGUUCGAAAACCAUCAUGUACGAGAUGUCUCGAUGCAAGGAAGAAUUGCUCUUACGGCACUACCCCUCCUCUCAGAUGGGUCGGGGACGUUUCGUCCCGCAGUUGUCUCGCCAGUCUCGCCAGUCUCAAGAAUUCUUCUACAUUGAGUGGACUGGGCGUGGCCCGCUGGUCGCCUCCCAGUUCCCAACCUCUGGAGCAAAGCGAAUCGAAGCUAUACUUUUCUAAUGUCGUGCUACCUCGCUUUGUUUUGAACGAGUCGAUCGAGCGGGACUUGGACGACGUCUUGCAAAACGAGACACUGAUUGGAGCCAUCACUGCCGUUUCUCAAGCGCACUACGCUCGGUGUUCCAAGGUAGAUGUGUAUGAUGUCUCAACCGUCCGAAAACUUGCCAGGCUUUCCGCGAUUGAGGCCUUUCGCCGGUGUUUGCAGCAAGGCCUGCAGUCCGACAGCUCGGCCCAGAGGCUCUUUGCCACCAACAUCCUGUUCUGUAUACUUGAUGGCAUGAUCGAGCCAUCCGACGAGUACAACUCUUCGACAUGCCAUCUACGCGGCGGAUGGGCCAUACUUCACAAGUGGCCGAACACUCCGACAAGAAUGCUUCUACAAGACGGUCUGCAAGCACACCUGCUGUCGAUUUAUGCCACCAUGGAUCUUGUGCAUGCCUUGCUCGGUGGCCACAAGCCCUUCUUCCAGUCUGCCAUCUGGAAUAUGUUUGCUCGUCUUCAGACUUGGUUCGGCAGACUGCCAGCUGGUGACAAGUUUCUGGGGAUUCUCGCCGCCUUCUCAGACAUGGCAUCACUGGGCAACGUAGUCCACCUUGAUCAGUCCCUCGAUAGUGUAAGCCUGGUGUCGAAAUGUCUGCCUGGAAUCGAGGCUGCCUUGUCCCUCGAAGGCAUGCAAGAUGCCCAGGGGAGUUUGGGCCGAACAAAUACGCCCUCGCCUUCUCCAUGGGCAAUUUUCUGCUCCAUCUACAUUAUGUGCGGGGUCAUUUACUUGCAAAGGGCUGUGCGGUCGCGACCUGCGGACGACGCAAGAGUCCAGAUAGCAGCUCGACACGGGGUCGCAAAAGUGAUUGAUCAAAAUCUUCCGGCGGUCAUGCGUCACUGCAUCGUCUUCCCAGUGUUGAUCAUUGGUAGUCACUGCACCUUAGCCCAGGAUCGUGAGGCCAUUCUCCAGGUACUCUCUCCUACUAGCUCCUAUCUCAGCUUUGGAAACAUGCAAUUGAUGGCUGAUUUCCUGAGAGAAACCUGGGCACGAGAACAGACCAACCAGACUUGGUGGGAACUUUUUGCUCCGUUAUCCGAAAAGGCUUUCCUCUUCUGA